AUGAAUUUAUAGUUAAAUAUAUAGCAAGAUGUUAUUAGAUUUGCGGAUAUCAAUCAUGUAUAUGAAACAGUAUAAAAGAAAGGAUACUUAGCACAAAUUUCAAAAGAAUUUGAAGACAUUUUUAUGAAUGAAAUCAAUUUUGCACAACAAAGUAAACUUAAUUUCAAUUCAAAGGACUGAAAGAAGUGAUUAGUGUAAUGGAAAAAUAAGGAUAAAAGAUUGAAUAUAAUUAGUAAUUAUAAAGAAAUCUACAAAUUUUCAAAUCAAACUUUGAUGUAAUAGUAACAGCAACAAUGAAUUAAAUUUGGCAUAGACUCUUAAUUGAAUUAAAUGUUUAAAGUUAAGAUUAACAGUCGUAGAUAUUUAAUAUAGAUACAUCUUAAACUGUUAAAAGAGUAAAUGAUUUAACAAAAUAAUCUGUUUCUGAUUUUAAAAAAUUUGCAUCAAAUCAAUCAAUUUGUAGCAGAUCACCUAGCAAAAUGUCGUCUAAAGUUAUUCCUUUAAGUGAAAUGUCAUAUUAAUCAAAUGGAUCACCUACAACAUUUCCUAAGGCUAGAAGAUAAUUAGAUAAUAGUCUAACUACAAGUUCUCCAGGAGUUGGAAAAUAUAAACUAGAUUAGAGUUUGAAAUGUAAUAAACAAAAAAUAUUAUUUAUACAUAGUAAUAAGAGAAACCUCUCCAAAUGCAACAAUUGGUCAAGCUCCAAAGAUAAGUUGGAUAGAUGAAAAAAUCAAAAAUGAAGAUUCUUAAUCACCUGGACCUAUUUAUAAUCCUGUAAAGACCUUUUGUUCUAAAAAAAUAAAAUGAUAAUAUAGAUUAUCC